AUGUCCAGGGUGGGAGUCAGAGGGCUGAUCAGGUGCAAAUCCAUGGCAGUGAAAUACAGGGGCAGGAAGACACCCCGGGGCUAUCCGAAAACAGGGUUUGAACAAGAGGAGCAUGAGGAUAUGGACGACACGUGGGCUACCGAUUUUCCCCAGGUAGCGGGGAAUUUGUCGCCAAGGAUGGUGGUUGUGCCUGAAACUAGUUCGGCAUCUUUGGUGGUGGAGCUAAACAUUGAUCACCCUGGCGACGGUGCCUUGGCAAUCUCGGUCGUCCACCUGGCCAAACAUCCAUCGGAUCAUUCCCCGCUGAAGGUCUCGUUUGCUUCCAGGAAGGACAAUAAACCGCGCCUAUUUCAUUUCCUAAAUGUGUGGACCACAAGACCAGAUUUAAUGGAAGUGAUUCGCCAGGCUUGGAAUAUGGAAGUGCAGGGCUCCCCCUUACGGAUUCUAUGCUCCAAACUGUUGGCAGCUCGGAGGGGAAUUCAAGGGUGGAAUAAGCAGUCCUUUGGUAAUAUCUUUGAUGCGGUAAAAGAGGCAGAGGUCGGGUUAUUGAGGGCCGAGGGUGCAAUGGUCCAUGGUGAUUCUGAGGGGGCACAGGUGGAGCUAAAUAAGGCCCAGACAGAGUUAAGACGGGCUCUAGCGGUGGAAGAGCAGUACUGCCGUCAGAAGGCUAGAGUGACCUGGCUUCAUAACGGGGACCGAACUUCCAAAUACUUCCAUGAGGUGGUUAAGCAGUGGAGGGUGCAAGGAAUGAUCCACAGAGUUAAGAGGGCUGAUGAAGUGUGGGUGGAGGACGAUAACGGAAUAGCAACAGAUUCAAUUGAAUAUUUCUCUAACCUAUUUUCUAGUGAUACAAGUUCAAAUUUGGAUGGGUUGCUAGGUUUAAUUCCGUCCUUGGUUUCGAGGGAGGACACUAUGAUCUUGGAGGAGGUUCCGACCUUGGAGGAAGUUAGGCGAGUGGUGUUCGCAACGGAUGGGGAGAGUGCCGCGGGGCUGGAUAGCUUCACGGGGAAGUUUUUCACCUUUGCUUGGGACAUCAUUGCUCAGAAUGUUCACAAGGCCAUAGUGAGUUUCUUCUGUGGUGCGGAGCUUCCUCGGUUUAUCACUUCUACCUCCAUUGUACUGAUUCCCAAUGAUCUGAAUCCCUAG